CACUAUACUUUACGACAGCGGCUUGGUUUGCGGCACACGUGUGUGUGUACAGCUGCAGUCCGGUGGUGUUGGAACUCUGUGCAUCAUGGCGAAAGUUUCCUCUAAGAAGAAAUUGAGUAAAACGAAAGCGAAGAAGAGCUCCGAGGUGGCCGAUGACAGCGCAGUGAAGAAGACGGAGGUGGUGUACGAUGAAGAAGAGGAUGAGGAGGAGGAUUUAAAUGACAAUGUCACCAGUGAGGAGGAGGAGGAGGACGGCGAGGAUGAACGGAGACGCCAGAAGCUCCUGGAGGCCAUCAGCGCUCUGGGAGGAAAGAGGAAGAAGACCCUGGGGGAGAGGUCGGAGGCGGCCGUGCAGCUGUCCGAGUUCAGCGUGAACGCGGAGGGAGAGGGCGACAAGAUCAACCUGUCCGACCUGAUCGGCUCUAUGGACAAAACCCCCCAGGUGUCCACAAAGACGAAGAAGCAGCUGAAGACGCUGCAGAAGAGCAACAGGACCGUGCAGAGUCCGCUCAGUAAGCAGGAGACUGAGAGGAUCCAGAGGGACGUGGCUUUCCAGAAGGCGGCCUCGGAGGUGACCCGCUGGAAGGGCAUCAUCAAGCAGAACCAGCGGGCCGAGCAGCUGGUGUUCCCCCUCAAUGAAGAGCCCCCCGGACCCAAACCCAUGGAGAGGGUGGUGACCGGCUGGAAGGCGAGGACCCCGCUGGAGGAGGAGAUCUUCGCCCUCCUCUCCGCCAACAAGCAGCCCAUCCAUGACCCCAUCCUGACCCCGCAAGAGGAGGUGUCCAUGAAGGCCAUGAGCCUGGAGGAGGCAAAGAUCCGGCGUGCAGAGCUGCAGAAAGCCCGUGCCCUGCAGUCCUACUACGAGGCCAAGACCCGCAGAGAGAGGAAGAUCAAGAGCAAGAAGUACCACCGGGUGCAGAACAAGGCCAAGCGCAAAGACUUUGUGAAGCAGUUCGAUGAGAUGGUGAAGUCGGACCCCGCUGCCGCCUUAGAGGAGCUGAACAAGAUGGAGCUGGCCCGCAUGCAGGAGAGGAUGUCGCUGAAGCACCAGAACAGCGGCAAGUGGGCCAAGUCCAAGGCCAUCAUGGCGAAAUACGACGAGGGGGCUCGCAAAGCCAUGCAGCAGCAGCUGGAGGUGAACAAGGACCUCACGCAGAAGCUGGUGACGGCGGUAAACGAUGAAGAGGAGGAGGAGGAGGAGGAGGAGUGCGAGGGAGGUGACCCCGAGGUGCUGCCUGAUUUUGUGAACGAUGCAGAGCAGGGAGUGGACUCCUCCAAUCCAUGGAUGAGAGGCAAACUCUCUGAAGACCCAGCCGAGAAGGAGACGAGUGAGAUCGUGGAUCUGACGGCAGAGGAGGAGUCUGCAGACGUGGAGGAGGAGGAGGAGGAGGAGGAGGAGGAGGUGAAGGAAACAGAAGAAGAAGCGCUCCUCAGAGAGUUUGACAGCAGGAGGAAACGGCGUCAGGCUCAGGAGACAGACAUGAUACCUGUGAUAUCUCUGGAUGACGAUGAAGAGGAGGAGAGUAAAACUGCAGUGGAGGAGGAAGAAGAGAGUAUAACUGCAGUGGAGGAGAAGGAGGAGAGUAAAGUUGCAGCAGAGGAGGAGGAGGAGAUUGCAGCAGAGGAGGAAGAGGAGCAGCUCUCAGAGUUUACAAACCUUUACAAAGAAAUCGCAGAGAGCCGACGCGAGGCUGAAGCUGAGCAGGCGGAGGCCGCAGCAGCGGCGGACGCAGAAACCUCCUCGGCUCAGCUGGAGGAGACCCUGAUGAGGAUCAGGACUCUGGAGGACACAGAGGAGCUCCUCAUGCAGGAGGACUCAGCCGCUGAUGAAGCACCUGUUCCCCCUCCCGCUGCAGAAGACCCGCCGCCUGCGAGUCAACCAGCGGGGACAAACAAAAAGAGGAAGCGAGGGAUCGAGCUCAAGCAAGUCCUCACCAAGGCGACCAAAGUGAUCCGGGUCCCGCUCGCUCAGACCGUGGAGGACGCCGAGGACUCUGACGACAAUCAGGAGCAGAGGGGGCUCAUCAGGGAGGCCUUCGCCGGGGACGACGUUGUCUCCGACUUCCUGAAGGAGAAGAGGAAGCAGGAGGAUGCGGGGAAGCCGCAGGUGGUGGACCUGACGCUGCCCGGGUGGGGCGAGUGGGGCGGGACGGGACUUAAACCGUCCCGCAGGAAACGCAAGAAGUUUAGGAUGAAAGCAGCGCCGCCUCCACCCAGAAAAGACGUGAGCCUCCCGGGCGUCAUCAUCUCCGAGAAGAGGAACCGCUCCAUCACGCUCCACCAGGUCAACACGCUCCCCUUCCCCUUUGAGACCCACACUCAGUUUGAGAGCACCAUCCGCACGCCGCUGGGCCGCACCUGGAACACGGAGCGGACCGUGAAAAAGAUGACCAAGCCGAAGGUGGUGACCCGGAUGGGCGCCAUCAUCGAGCCGAUGGCGAGGGAGGAGCUGAUGAAGGACAAGAAUCAGGCGACUGUGGCGGACAGAAACAGUGUGAACUCUGGGAAAAGGAAACGUUGACCUGAUUAAAGGAGCCAAAACAAUGUUUGACAAAAAAACGCUCAAUGUGACAUUUCAUCGUUUCUAUUUUCAAAAUAAAAUCUGUUGAAUCAAAUAUAAAAAGUCGGUGAAAAUACAUGGAAUCACUUCCUGCUGUAGAGUUCUAGUUGAUGUUUUUUUGCAGCAGCAAGAUGUGGAAGAAGUUGAAAUCAAUGUGUUUAAUGAGACAGAUGUUCAGUGAUUUAUGCUUCAAAAUAAAAGGUUAACAACAAACUGGUUAUUUAAAUAAACAACAAUCAUAAGUAAUCCAAACAUAACUUUUACUUCUGAAGUAUGAAACAAUCAGUUUGUAGUCUUUGUAAAGUGUGGAUAAAAACACAGCGAGUGUCUGACAAUGUUUUAAAGAGUCACCCCAAAAAGCAUGAAAUCACACUUUAUAUUAAGAAUCAGAAUGGGGCGCCGUUGGCCUAGUGGUUGUGUUGCCCCCCCCCCCCCAUGUACAGAGGCUGUGGUCCUCGUUGCUGACUGUGUUUGAUCUGCUCUGAAAAGAAAACUUGUUGAUGCAAA